UCAAACUUUGAGGCCAGGAGCCCAUCAGAGGAUCGUCUGGGACCUUUGGUACUGAUGUCCAUAGAGAAAGGACAAACUUUACUCGGCUGCCAUCGCCCACUUCACAAGGAAAGACCCACGAAUGGAUGUGGUUUUCAUGUAAGCCCGGUCUCCAGAGUGAAGUAUCAGGUGAACAAGUCCACGACACAUGGCACAUGUAUUAACAGCACCUCCAGUCAGAAAACACUGUCCCUGGAAGCCGCAGUAGAUAUGAGAUCAUCUGUGAUACUGCUGAUCAUCCUGGGAGUCAUCUCAGGUGGAAUCCAUGGUGCUAAUGUUCUACCAGACAGUGUCACUGCGGUUGUUGGAGGGACAGUGACGUUCACCACAACAGUGACUCCACCACAAACACCGUUCCUGGUUGUCACCUGGAGUUUCACGAACGCCCACGACGCCACUUCUAAUGUCAUCACCUCGAGUCAAGCACAUAAUGCAACUGCACCAGCGUAUACAGACAGGAUCAGACUCUUCAGAUCUACUGGAUCUCUGGAGCUCAGCGGUCUGACUGUCAGUGACACUGGAGUGUACAAAGUUGCACUGAUACCAGAUGGAGCAGCGCAGGAGAAAGGAAGCUGCAGACUGUUGGUGCAUGUUCCCGUCACUAAUGUAACAGUAACUGCCAGUAACACAGAGGUGUUGGAGUUCACCUCUGUCCGUCUGUCCUGCUCCUCCUCUGGAUCCUCCCUCUCUUUCCUCUGGCUCAACGGCAGCUCUGAGGUCACAGCCAGUGACAGAGUCCAGCUCACUGAUGGAGGUUCUGCUCUCACGAUACAACAUGUGACCCGCUAUGAUCGGGGACCAUUCAGGUGUCAUGUGACAAAUCCUGUCAGUAAUGGCACCAGUGAUCCAGUGAACCUCUUAAUAAUAUUGGGCCCAGAAAAUACAACACUAACGAUGUCUCCGUUGCAAGAAUAUUACGCUGAAGGGUCAGACAUCAGCCUGACGUGCUCGGCCGUCUCCGGACCUGCGGCACACUUUCUCUGGUUUGUGAAUGGACACAGGCUGACUGACACUGGAGCAGAGCUCACACUGAAGAACAUUCAGAUGAGUCAGAGUGGAAACUACACCUGUCUGGCCGUCAACAACAGAACCAUGAGGAAUCAAACAUCCCACACAGCAGUUGUAACUGUACUGACAUCACACAUCUCCAACGUGGUGAUCACCCCCAACACAACAGACUUAUCAGAAUUCAGCAGCUCGGUCAGUCUCUCCUGCUCCUCCUCCGGAUCAUUUCCGUCUUUCCUGUGGCUGAACGACACAUCUCAGGUCACAGCCAGCGACAGAGUCUUGCUCAGCGAUGGCGGCGCCACGCUUACGAUCGUCCGCGUGACACGUUAUGACCAAGGACCAUAUCAGUGCCACGUCUUUAAUAAUUUCAGCAAUUCCACCAGUGAGCCGCUGAAACUCUCCAUCAGCUUCGGCCCAGAAAAUAUUAAUUUGAAGCUGUUUCCAUCUCAACAAUUCUAUGAAGAAGGAUCCAAUGUGACCCUGAUCUGCUCAGCUGUCUCCAGACCCGGAGCUCUGUAUCACUGGUUCCUCAAUGGAGACGAGCUGCCUUACAGUGGAGCAGAGCUCAGACUGAUGAACAUUGAAGAGAGUCACAGUGGUAACUACAGCUGUCAGGCCUUUAACAACAAAACUAUGAGACAUGAGACAUCUCAGCCCUCUGCUCUGUCCGUGCUGGUGCAGGUUUCUGAUGUGGUGGUGACAUCAAACACCACAGAGGUGUUGGAGUUCACCUCUGUCCGUCUGUCCUGCUCCUCCUCUGGAUCCUCCCUCUCUUUCCUCUGGUUCAACGGCAGCUCUGAGGUCACGGCCAGUGACAGAGUCCAGCUGACCGAUGGAGGCUCUGCUCUCACGAUACAUCAUGUGACCCGCUAUGACCGGGGACCAUUCAGGUGCAACGUGUCAAAUGGUGUCAGUGAUGGAAUCAGCAAGUCACUGCGUCUUGUCGUUAAAUAUGGACCUGACCAUGUGACCAUCAUCGGACCCAAAUCUGUCCCUGCUGGAGAUUUGAUGAUUCUCUACUGCUCCACUGAAUCUGUUCCAGCAGCAAACUUCACCUGGCUUUUCAGAGGAAAGCCAACGUAUGGUCAUGAGGUUGUGCACAUCAUCCAGUCAAGCCAAAACUCUGACAGCGGGACGUACACCUGCACUGCUGAGAACACUGUCACGGGGCGGAGUCACACGACGCACCAUGAGUUCACAGUCACAGAUUCCUCAGACUGUGGCUGCUCAUCUGCAGCAGGUCUAGCUCUAGUCAUCACAGCUGGAGUUUGUCUCAUCAUUGCAGUGGUGACUGGAAUAAGUGCGUGCGUUCUGGUUAGAGGGAAAAGAGUCAACAGUAAUUAUCCUCUACAUCAACAAGAAAAGAAAACUGUCGAGGGGAAACAUUCAGAUGUGUACAAGAUCACAGGCACGUUGAGAAAUAAUGUCUCCCGUGACACUGCAUACGUCAAGAUGAUGCUCAGAGCAGCAGUGAUGCUUGUUUUGUCAGGUUACAUAGGUAUGUGCAUGGGUGAAGGUGUCUUACCUCAGGGGCCCCUGCAUGGAGCCGUGGGGGGCUCCGUGAGAUUCACCACUAACCUGUCGCCCUCUGAGAAGCCAUUCUCCACCGUCAGCUGGAGGUUUAGCAACACUUCCUCAGCUGUGUCAGUUAAUAUCAUCACCUCCACCAUGUCCAACAACUACACAGAACACGGAUAUAACAACAGGAUCUCGCUGGACCGAGCCACCGGAGGCCUGGAGCUCAGAGACCUGAGACUGGAGGACAGCGGGGAGUACACACUCACCAUCAUACCUGAGGGACAGCUGAUUCUGGGGAAGACCACUCUCAAAGUCUACGAGCCGAUCAAAGACGUCCGUGUGGAAUCGUGGAUGAAUCCUCCCAGGGAAGGUCUUCCAUACAUGCUAACAUGUAAUAUGACCGGAUUCCCUGAAAUGAUUCAUUGGAUAAAAACCAGAAUGGAAGAACUCAGUGAAAUAGGAGGCGUUUUCGACAUGAAUAACCGGACAAUCACCUUCAACCCAUUGAAACGCAACGACACUGGAGACUACAAGUGCAUGGCUGCCAAUCCUCUUGGAAAUAUGACCAGCCUGGCUGACAAGCUCCAUGUGAACUUUGGACCGGACACUCCGGUCUUUCAUGGACCAGCGUUUGUUGAGGAAGGACGAUAUUCCACCUUCAAGUGUUCUGCCGUGUCGGUGCCUCCCGGUCAGUUCAGCUGGUGGUUCAAUGGCACUGAGGUGGCCGAUACUUCAGUGUUCAGAACCAAACCUUUCACCUUCAACAUGAGCGGAGAAUACACGUGUAUGGCACACAAUCGUGUGACGACAAAGAACAGCACAAAGUCGAAGAUGGUCACAGUUAUUGAGGCCAUAGAGUCAGUGAUGAUCCACAACGACACACUUCCAAUCAAUUCUGAAAACUUCACCCUCAGCUGUGAAGUUACUGGACCCUACGACGCCAUCUACUGGACAAAAGACGACACACUCCUCAACAUGAACGCCUCUGCCUCUGACGCACACAUGAACGUCCACACUGUCAACAACACACUGCUCUUCACUCCAGUGACCGUCGACGACGAUGGCACAUAUCAGUGUUUCGCUGUCAAUAAAGCUGCUCGACAUGGAAGCCAGAAACACAAGCUCCUGGUUAACUAUGGCCCUCUGAGUGUCAGCAUCACUGGUCCUGAUCCAGUGACCUCAGACUCCAGCAGUGUGUCACUGACGUGUUCCGCUGAUUCUCAGCCAGACUGUGACUUCUCCUGGUUCUUCAACAACGACACAUCAGCAGUGUCACAGAGUGGCUCAGUCAUCACGUUCUCUGCCACUAAAGACAAUGAAGGGAAGUACACGUGUGAGGCCAGAAACCCUGUGACCAACAUCACCGUGUACAAAAGUGCAUCUUAUAACGGUCACACUUCAGAUCUGCACUUCUCAUCUCGAGCUGGUCUAACGUUGACUUUGUUUGCUUUGUUUGUGUCCAUGCUGCUUAACUGAUUCCUUUCAAAGGCAGAAGACGUUGAUUAUUAUUAUUAUUAUUAUUAUUAUUUUGGUCUAAACUAAAUCUGCAAAGACCUGUUGAAGAACGUGAAAUGGACUCAGUGUAUAAUAAAGGGUACAUUUAAUGACA